UAUGUGGUACUAAAAAUAGCACUAAGUGAACGGACGCCAUUUUAAAUCAACAUAGAUCUAGACCUAAACGAACUGUUGCUGGCUAUCAUCCAGAUUUGGCAGCUGUUUGUGUUCAUUCAAGUGUUUUUCCCUCCUGAUGAGAACAUUUAUAUUCAAGUCAAAAUAUAGCCAUACCAAGCUGACUUGCUUACAAAAUCUCGAAGAUAAGUUGUGACAGCUGUGUGUAUUUGUUCUGAAAACGUCUUUUUAAACAGAAAACUUUGUACAUUUUUGCAACACAUGUCAUGGGAAAUUCCAACAAAAAGCCUCAAUGCUCUACAAUUACAGAUUUAGAAUGCUGUGAAAACCCCAACAAAGUUAAACAAAAUUACAAAGCAGGUGUGUUUUGUCCAGGAAAUCAUGAAGCUGAGAUGUGCUAUGGAGGAGAAGCUGAUCUACACAAACAUGUUUCUGGCUGUGAGAAGAAUCCAGGUCACAAAGGUUUUAUACCUCUUAAAGAUUUCAACACAAAUUGUCUCCCCUCACGUUACCAUGACGACGAGCUCUUGUCUGAGAAUAUCAAAGCAUUGGCAGCCCUAACUGUCCAGGUAAAGACUAAAUUCACCAGUCUAAAGAGACCAAAGUUUUACCGAGGCACUCAAGUUCCAUAUCCAUGUUAUAAUGACAGAGGAAGUCACGUGAUGAGGUUAGGGACGGGGAGGGUGUGGUGUGUGAACAAGUACACAGAGAGUGACAGAAGGGGAACUUGUCGUUGUGCCAAGUGUCAAGUCUCUGCCACACCCAGCAAAGUGUGGGGGGAGAUUUGGGUGGUGACAGCCACACACGUGGUGUUUGAUGACAGUGAGGCGAGACAGACCAGGUGUGUUUUAGGUUUUGAUGACAAUAAAAGUCCUGGGGUCAGUCUUGAUGGCUGGUGUGUGAUGUGUAGUGCAGACAUUGAGAGAGACUUGUGUGAGUUGAGUUAUGUGUCAUGUGACUUAAAGUUGAUUGAUGAACUGGACAAGAUGUGUCAGCGCUUUGAUGAUCUACGUUGUGAAGUUAGGUACAAAUACUGGAUAUUUAAUGAUGUGGACAAGUUGACCGUUAUAGUGUCACAUCCUCAUGGCUGUCCUAAACAGGUCUCUGUAGGACAAUGGACACACAAACGUGAGAGGGAUGAUGACCAUGCUGAUGAUGAUAAUGAUGGCCCCACCUGGACAAGGUACUGGUACACAACAUGUACAUGUCCAGGCUCCAGUGGAGCGUGUGUCUACAGGCUGGGAGAUAACAGUUUGUGGUAUCAGCAUCCCCACAGUGGAUGGGACUCUGAAGGAAAUUAUAGUGGGAAGUGGAGAGUGAUGUAACUGUUAGUUCUCUCCCCUUGUCUACACAAUGUAAACAAACAAAAUGGCGGAACUUUGCCCGUCUGUAAACUGUUUGUGUUAAGACCUGCAUGUCUUUUCAACAUUUUAUUACAUUUAAAUGUUUAAAACAAAUGUUUUCAUUGAUAUAAACCGUUUAACCGAAUUAACUUGCUUGUACAUAGAUGGAUGUUAGAGUUUUUUUUUGUUUCAAAUGUUGUAAACAAUCAGCUUAUACUUUUUGUCGGCAAGUUGUUGUCAUAUAACAUAUAGAGAUCUACCUGUCAUAUAGGCUGGCUAUUUCCUGUAAAUUAAAUGUAACCUACCUAUCAAAUGUCAUAUUCAUACUGUUUACAUUUGUUUAUAAAAUGUUCACACUAAACGAGAUUAAAUUGUAAAAGAUUA